GAGGCUUGAGGGGAGCUCCGAACCCGGCUCGCGAGCAUUGCGCGCCCCGGGGGGCUGACAGCCCCGCACCCCGCCAUGCCGCGCCCCCCGAACCCGCGCCGCCCGCCGCCGCCGCCGCCGCUACUGCUGCUGCUGCUGUUGCUGCCGCUGCUGCUCGGGGCAGGAGACCCCCUUCUCGUGGAAGGCCGACUCAUCAACAGCUGUAUCCAGGCCAGGAGGAAGUGCUUGGCUGAUCCUACGUGCAGUGCUGCCUACCAGCAUCUGAGUUCCUGCAGGUCUAACAUGAGUACCCCAUUGCUCCCAGAGGAGCCUUCUGUCCCCGAGGGCUGCCUGGAGGCAGCACAGCCCCUCAAGAAUAGUUCUCUGAUGAGUUGCACGUGCCACCGACAGAUGAAGAAUCAAGCUUUCUGCCUGGAUAUCUACUGGACCGUCCAUCCCGCCCGCAGCCUUGGUGACUACGAGCUGGAUGUCUCGCCGUAUGAAGACACAGUGACCCGGAAACCCUGGAAAGUAAAUCUCAGCAAACUGAACAUGCUCAAACCAGACUCGGACCUUUGCCUCAAGUUCGCCAUGCUGUGCACCCUGAACUCCAAGUGUGACCAGCUGCGCCGGGCCUACGGGGAGGCGUGCUCUGGGCCUCACUGCCAGCGCGCCGCGUGCCAGCGCCAGCUGCGCCUCUUCUUUGAGAAGGCGCCCCCUCAGCUCGCCGAGGGGCUCCUGCUGUGCCCGUGCCAGCCCACCGACCAGGGCUGCGGCAAGCGCCGGCGCCACACCAUCGCCCCCAGCUGCGCGCUGCCCACCGAGGUCCCCAACUGCCUGGAACUCCGUGACCUCUGCCUCGCGGAACCUUUGUGCAGGUCACGCCUGGCGGAUUUCCAGACCCACUGCCAUCCCAUGGACAUCCUAGGCACCUGCGCGACACAGUCAUCCCGGUGUCUGCGAGCAUACUUGGGGCUGAUCGGGACUAUCCUGACCCCGAACUAUGUCAGCAGUGUCAACACCAGCGUGGCCUUGAGCUGCACGUGCCGAGGAAGUGGCAACCAGCAGGAGGAGUGCGAGCAGCUGGAGGGGGCCUUCUCCCGCAACCCCUGUCUCAUAAACGCCAUCAGGGAUAAGAUGCGCUUACACACCCGGCUCUUCUCCCUGGACUGGGUUGACCCUGAGGGUCCUGCGAUGGAGCACAAGGGGAUCAGCCCCGCCGUGAGGCCGCAGCCCUGGCUGCUCUCUUUUUCCUGCUGCAGCCUUCUCUGGACCUUGCUCUGGAGCCUCUGGUAGCUGGCCUUCCCCAAGGCCCCUCUCCUCCUCCACCACUCCCAGCCUGACCUGCAGCAUGCAGGGGGUGAGGCAAGGGCUGCAGGAAGAUGGAGGGGGGGACCCUCCCUGGCAGCCCUGACCACCCGGCCUGUCACUCGGCUCCAGAUGAGGCCAUAGUGGAAGCCUGUGAUUGGCUGAGUUCUCAAUCCCUCUGCUCGCGCCUCCAGCCCCGACCCAGGCUGCCCCCUCGUUAGGAUGUGGGGACCACAGUUUAGUUGUAUCUUCUGGUUCACUGGCUCUUCCCAAGCUCUGUCCUGAUCCUUCCGCUGCCCCCAGGAUCACCAGCCCUUCCCUCCACUUUACCCAGGCAGGCAGGGCUGGGUGCUUGCAGGCAGCCUCCAAAGACGUUUUUCCAUUGUGAGGAAGAUUAGAGGAAGACUCUCAGGUCUCCUCCUCUGAACUGAGACGGGGGAGGGCGGGGGGCUCAGGGGUGUGAGCCAGCAGCCUGGCCUGCCCCAGUUUCCUGUAAAGCAUUUGAGCAUCAGGAACAAAAGCAUUUGGACCUUGGUUUCUUCCAGUUGC